UAAAAUCCGUCCUACCCAGAAUGCAUUUCACGUAAACAAAAAUGGCGUCGUUAAUUAUUUUGUAACUGACGUAGAUAAACGUCGUUGCCGAAUUUAUCAAAAUUAUUACGUUAAAAAAAUUAUACUUAAUUAUUAAGACUUACGAUAACGCAUACCGAUAAGCGUUAGAUAUUUCGAAUUGAUAAAAGAAUAUGGCAAAGUAGAAUUGAACUGAUGAGUAGAAGAGAAUGUGGUGUAAGGAUUGUAUUUUCUAUGCAAAAAACAUUUGUUAUGUAUUAAUGGUUUCCAACCGACGAAUUUUUAUUUGCUGGACAGAUUACAGUGACAAACAGCUUCAGGCUGUUGAUAAAUAUUCUCUGCUUAAUUCUACAUUUAAUCAAAGGUAUUUAUGACAAUCCUUCAUUGGUUUUUAAAAGAAUAGAAACAUUAAAUUGUUCAUGAAAAUGUUGUACAUAUUCUUAGUUGAUACUGGUCACAUGAUAUCUGUUGAUAUGAAACUUGCUUUGGAAAGUGUUGGUCAAUUAAAAUCUGAAAUAGCUAAACAUCAUGGAAUACCUGAAGAUAAACAGGUAUUAUUGAUCAGUGGUGGAGAAAGUCUAAAUCCAAAUGAUCGAGUGUGUAGCUAUAGUGCAGGCACUGAUACAAAUCCUAUAUUCUUAUUUAGUAAAAGUGCUAUAGAGUCAGCUGAACCACCAUAUCCUUGUGUAGAUUAUGGUGAUGAUUGUGAUAUGAAAGAACAAGUAGAAGGUUGCUUAAAUAUGCCACCUACAUACCAUACAGUUGUCUCCAGAGCCCAAUUAGCACAGCAUUUUUAUGAUCUUGCUAAAAAUCAGAGGGUUUCUUGUGAAAGAUUAGUAUAUGACCAACACCUUCAACAACAAGGUUGGGCUGCAGUUGUGGCAAAUUUAGAAGAUAUUGCCAGUUCCUUCAAGAAUAAAGUAGCACAUUUUGAAUCAAAUUUUCUUCAAUAUUUGGAAUCAAGAAACUAUUAUGUGGAACUUUUGAAAAGUUUCAGUCAUGACAUUAGCACUCUAUCUAAAAUACCUGUCCUACCAGUUUUGCUUAGGAAACAAGCUGAAACACAUUUAGGAAGUGGUGAGGGAAUUAGUUUAUUACAGUGGAUUAGCUCAAAAUUCAUAGUUAACAUCAUUAUACAUGAAGAUCUGCAAGCAGCUAUUAAGAAAAAUUCAUCUGGACAUCGCCUCACAUCUGUGCACAAACAGAACCAAAAGACUAAUGCAAAGAAGCUUUAUGAGAGGCAUCUGACUGGAGGAAAAAGCGAGUACAUGGCCACCCUAGAUGAAGCGUAUAUAUACCUUGAUUACUGCAAUGGAACUCAAAAAAUUUUAUAUGUGCAGCCCGGACAGGAAGUGCCAGAAGAAUGUCUUGUCAAAUGUCACGAAAGAUGGUCUGAAGGAUUUAUGAUUGUUGGGGAAAUGAUGAGCCGGGGAACACUUCUUCUUAUUAGAGUGUCAAAAACUGUGAAAGUUAACACUAAUUACUAUAUGGAGAACAUUUUGAAACCAUAUUUGAAAUGUGAGAUUCCAAAGCUGUAUCCUGGAGAAGAAGCCAAAGUGACUCUUCACCAUGACAAAGCAUCUAGCCACACAGCUAGAUAUAUAAUUGCUUAUCUCCAGAAAUUGAAGACCAAUGGUGGACCAAACCACAUUCCUGCAGAGGACAUACCCACCAAAGCACCUGACAUCCUGAUGGAUUUCUUUGGAUUUGGCUUCCUGAAGCAACGUCUCUUUCUUUGUAAGACAUUAGAUGGGCAUUGGAAAAUUGAUAAGAAUACAUUUGACAACUUGCAUGUGGAGAUACAGAAAGCUCUUGAGGCAGUAGAUAACUCUCAAAUGAAAGAAGUUAAAGGUUUAGGAGAACGUCUCAUGGGUUUGGAAACAUUAAUGUGUUCAGCAAAACGUCAUGAAACUGAACAAGGAGAUUUAGCUCAGGCUUUUCAUAAUAAUCAAAAUCAAGCUGGAAAACUUGGAGAUCCGUCAAUUUUACCAGAUUUAUGUAUAAGUCAUCAAAGACAACUUGAAAUGUUAUUAAUUAAUCAUCAAAAUCUAAGAGAUAUAAGACGACGUUGUGCACGUGCAAAAAAGGAAUUAUCUGAAAAUUUACAUUCUAGAUUAAGGUGGAUAAUGUUUGUAGAGAAAACUAUAUGUGAUGUAGAAAAUAGAUUGAUGAUGUAUCAUGAUAUAUUAAAGAGAUUAAAAAAGUAUUUGGAAGUAGUUGAACAAAUUCAUCUAGCUCCAAAAGUUUAUUUAACUGCAGUAGCCGAAGUUGUUAGAAGAAGAAACUUUUCUAGAUUAUUUGUACAGGUAUGUCAGAAAUUAUAUUUUUUAUGCUGUCUAAACCUUCUGUUUCAGGAAAUUUCAAAUAAAUCAGCUGAUAUUUGGCCAAGUAUUCAGAAUUUGGUACAACCACCAGCACUCUUUGAUGCUAAUUUGCCAAAUAUAGAAAUGGAGGAUAUAGAAAAAUUGAGGCAACUACUUCCUGAAUUAGCUAAUUAUCUGAAAAUUCCUCUUCAAAGUGAUAUGCCAACAAUAUUUUUGAAUUCAAAUCAAUCUAUAGUUGGUGGUGAUGUUUCUUUAUCAAGAGUUUUACAAACUGGCAGUGUGACAAGUCCAACAUUUUUAGAGCCUCUUCCUCAAUUAAUAGAAGCUCAGGAACUUGCUGCAGGAGACUGCUUUUUAGAAAUUGAUAAAGAAAUUCUUAGUUUAGCUUCUGAAGCAAGUCCAUCAAGUGAAUCAUUUGAAUGUACUGAUAAUGAAGUUUUAAAACUUCAAAUGAAAUCUCCAAUAAGAAAGAAACGUGAUGAUGAUUCAGAAGAUAAAGUUACCCAGCCAAACGAUACGGCUCGAGAGAAAGAAACAUUUUCUCCAAUUGAAGAAGAACAUGGAGGAGAUUCUGAUACUGAAGAAUUUGAACAAGUGGGAGAUUUACCAAAAGACCACAGUCCUAGUGAUCUUAUAAAGGUGGGUAUGCAUGCAGGUGAAGAAUCUUCUAUGCAAGCUAGGUUUCAAGAAGAAGAAAAUGAAAAUAAAUCACUUGGAAGUCAUAAUGGCAAAAUGAUGUUACUUACAAGAACAUAUAGUGAUGGAGAUCUUCAUUUACCAGCAUCACAUUCCAUGAUAUCUCCAGAGUGUUGCACUUCAAAUUCCCAAGAAUUCUUUUCAGCUGAUUUCUUCAUUGAUGAAUCAAUGCCAUCAUCUUAUACUGAAAGUAAUGGAACUACAAGAGGAAGUCAGAAAAUGAAGUCUCAUCAUGUUCUCAUUGCAGAACUUCAGCGACAGUUAGAAGAUAAAGCUUCCACUCUAAUAUCAGUACAGAGAGAUUUAGAUAUGAAUAAAUCUCACUUGGAGAGAGUUCAAGAUACAAUGACUUCAUUACAAAGUAUAGCGUGGGAAAUUAGUAACCAGUUAAAAUUGGAUAUUCUUCAAUUAAGAGAUCAAAUAAUACAAGGAAAAGAAAUCUUCAUUGAAGAAACUGCUAAUAUUACAAUGCAGUUGAACAGCUCAUUAGAAAAAAUUCAAAAACAAAUUACAAGUGAAAAGGAUCAAGCAAUUGAAGAGGCAUUGGAAAGAGUUAAGCAAGAGCAUGAAUCAAUGAUGAGGCAUUAUCAAUCACAAUUAGAAUUAGAAUCACAGAAAUUAGAAGAUGCACAGACCCAAGUUGAAAUGUAUUAUAAUCAAGUUCAAUAUUAUUCAACUUUAUUAGAUAAUACAAAGUUAGAAAAUGAAAGCCAAUUAAUUCAAGUAAGUUACAGUGUUUUUAGUGACCCCAGUUUUGUAAUUUUCAAAACAAUGGAUAAAGAAGAAUUUUGUGUGUUGAUUAAACAUUGUUUUUUGAUGGAGAAAAAUACUGUUGAAGCCAAACAGUGGCUUGAUAAGAAUUAUGGAGACUCUGCACCAGGGAAAUCAAGUAUUAUUGACUGUAUAUGGAUUAUUAUUUUUCAGAGAGAUUUAGAUAUGAAUAAAUCUCACUUGGAGAGAGUUCAAGAUACAAUGACUUCAUUACAAAGUAUAGCGUGGGAAAUUAGUAACCAGUUAAAAUUGGAUAUUCUUCAAUUAAGAGAUCAAAUAAUACAAGGAAAAGAAAUCUUCAUUGAAGAAACUGCUAAUAUUACAAUGCAGUUGAACAGCUCAUUAGAAAAAAUUCAAAAACAAAUUACAAGUGAAAAGGAUCAAGCAAUUGAAGAGGCAUUGGAAAGAGUUAAGCAAGAGCAUGAAUCAAUGAUGAGGCAUUAUCAAUCACAAUUAGAAUUAGAAUCACAGAAAUUAGAAGAUGCACAGACCCAAGUUGAAAUGUAUUAUAAUCAAGUUCAAUAUUAUUCAACUUUAUUAGAUAAUACAAAGUUAGAAAAUGAAAGCCAAUUAAUUCAAAUUAAAAAAGAAUUGAAGGAAGAAAGUAAUGAAAUUGCUAAAAAUUUGAUGCUAGAGCAUGAAUUAGAGUUAGAUAAUUUAAGAGAAGAAUGGAACAGAAAGCUUAUUUCUAAAGAAGAAACAAUUAAAAAUCUAAAUGAAAUUAUUGAGAAGAAAGAUAAUGAAAUUCAUCUUUUACACAAUGAUAAAGCAUCAUUAGAAAGAGUAUAUACUGAAAGAUUUCAACAAGAGAGAGAACAAUUUCAAAAAUUAAUGGAAGAAAGGUACAGAGAACAAGAAAAUGUUGCUGUUUGUCAAGCUUUAAAAAGGCAAGAAGAAUUACAUAAAGAAGAAUUUCAAAGAUUACAAAUGCAAAAAGAAGAAUUUGAAAGACAAUUAGAAAUGAAAAUUAUAAAAAGUUUUGAAGACAACUAUGAAGAGAAAUUACAAAGAUAUAAAGAACAGCUAGAUAAGGAUUAUGAAGAACAAUUAUUGAUAAAACAAAAACAAUUUGAACAUGAAAAGCAGGAAGCUUUAAAUAAAUUACAAGAAACUUUGGAAAGAACUCAUAAAAAUGAAAUUGAAUCAUUGCGGUCACGUUUUAAACUUGCUUACAGUACUACAGCUAUGGAACAUUCUUCUUCUGAAAGCUGUUUGGAAAAAAUGCAACUUGAGAGUGAUUCAAUGCAAUAUAAUAAAUGUACAAUGAAGAAAGACCCUUGUAUAAUAAAAGAAACUAGAAGACAAUCUGGAGAUAAUUUACCAUACUUACAAGAAGAAAUGCCCAUGUUGGAGAAAAUUGAUAUUACAGAAAUGAAUCAACUUUUAUCUGAUGUUAUUCAAAGAGAAAAAGAAGCAGUGAAAGAAAAGGAAAUUUUAGAGAUAAAAGUUGCAGAGUUGCAUCAAAAAUUAAUGGAAAUGGAAAACAAAGAAAUUUCAUCAAAAUCAGCAAUAUUAAAAGAGGAAUCUGGAGUUGAAGACCACACUUAUGAAUUAAAAAUGAAGUUACAAAAGAAGGAAACUGAACUUGAAGAAAUGAAACAAAAAUUAGCAAAUUAUGAUGCUGCUAUAAAUCCUCAAGUUCCUAUUUCAACAGAUAAAGUGUCAGUUUUAACCUGUGAAAUUGGAGAUGUUGUUCUGCUGUGCUUUGAUGAAAAACAUGACAAUUACAUGGUAUUUUACUUGGGACCAGUUUUACAUUUCUUACAUACUGAAUGCUUGGAAACUCUAGGGUUUAAAAAUGUUUCUGAUGAAAAUCGAAGGUCAUGGGCAUUAGCUGAAGUUAUUGAAAAAGAAUAUUGUUUAGCAAAAAAGCCUCAUAAUCGCUACAAGGUACCAGUUGGAACUCGUUUUUAUCGAGUUAAAGCUAAACCCUGGGACAAAGAAAUGGCCAUCAGACGUCAGCAUCAAAGGAGGAGUAGUAGUGCUGGGAGUAGAGGAGCUCCAGUGUUAGAUUCUCCUCACUCCUCUGCAUCAUCUGGAGAUGCAGGAUAUACUGGAUCAUCAUCGUCAUCCACAAUGUCAGCUUCAGUGAUUUAAUGGAAAUCACUUGAAAUUUACAUAAAAGUGCCUCUUAAAAUUACUUAUGGUUCAACCAAUAAACAGUUUUCAUAAGAACUCUUGGUUUAGUAUGUGGAAUUAUAAAUUUAUUUUAGAGCUGUAAUUAUAGUUAAAAAGAAUUAAUUUAGAUUAAAGGAGGAUAGUUUUACAGUUUUUUCUACUUUUUUAGGAAAAUUAGCAAAUAAAUAUGAUUUUUUCCCCCCUCCUUUUAAUGGAGAACAUCAGCAAUUUUAUUUUUAGAAUCUUCAUUGCAUGACUGUACUAAUUUGUAAAUAAUCUGUACAUAUAAAUAUUGCAACAACGAAAUUUAUAGAUUGUGUUAUAUGAUAUAAUAGAAUUCUAUUGAAUACAUAAACCUGCCACAAAUACCCUAUAUGUAUUAUAAAUGUCUAACAUUCUCUUAUUCUUUCACAAGAGAAAUAUAUAUAUUAUAUAUAUACAAUAUAAUAAGUCUUUAACUGCAGUUUAAUAUAUGUAAAGAUGUUCUGUUUAUGAAAAAUAAAUUAUUUUAUUCAUCUAGUUAAUAACAUUGAGAAUGACAUUUUGAUUAAUGUUUUCUUUUAAAAAAAAAAAGCUUUUAGAUAUGUAAAUAAAUGCCAUAUUUGAACAGAAAUAGCACAUCUUUUAUUGCAAUGUUGUAAAAUGUUUAGCAAAUUUUUAUGCUAUCUAUGAAAUCAAUUUUAAUAUUUUAUAUCUAUCAACAAGUUAGAAUUAAUGCUUUUGUAUACAAUUUACCAAUUGUAUUGUGAAUUGUUUUUAGUAACCCAUAAAUGUACAGAAUUUUACCGUUAGCUAACAAAUAAAGUAUUUUCUUUUCUUCGCCCUAUAUAUAUUAUUCUUAAUUACACAAAAAUAGCCAGUAACAAGGAAAUACAACCCCUGAUCAAAAGUAUGGGAUAUUGUUUACUUUGCAGUAUGUCAUUUAAUUCAGCUUAAAUUUUGUUAAAAAUUAAUUAUUUAUUUAACAUCUUUGUUUCUUAAAUUUUGUAUAUAAUUGCUUUCAUCUCUUUUCUGUUGUUACUUGCACAAGACUGCAAAUAAAGUUUCAAAACAAACAUGCUCAACACUUGAGCAACAUUAGACAAAAAUAUGGAAUAUAGUAAUUACAGAGAUAUAAGUAUGGAAUAAAGUAAAUUAAUACAGUGUGGGACCACCUUUGGCCUUUAUACUGCUUUAAUACUUCUCAGUAUUGAAGUGACUAAUUUUCCACAUAAGUCUGCAGAUAUUUCUGCUCAACUGGUUCAAAUAGCACACUUCAAUUCAAAAGAAACAGGCUUCAUUGUUCAAACAACAAAGUCUGUUUCCUUUUUCAAACCAGUUUCUUUAAAACAUUCCACGUAUUCUCUAUUGGAUUUAAAUCUGGACUGUUUGGUGACCAAUCUAAACACGAAAUGUUAUUGUUUAGGAACUAUUGGCAUACUGAUUUAGCACAGUAGGAAUAUGGAUUCCUACUGUGCUAAAACAUUGUCAUUUUGAUAGAUAAAGUCAGUCACCAAAGUGCUCCUCUUCUGUUUUUUGCAUAAAAUUGUCUAAAAUUUCCAAGUAAACUUCUGCAUUCACUUUAGUGUUGACAAUCUGUCCUGUUGCAAUCAUCGUACCCCAAAUCAUAACUCCAUUGAAAAUUUUGUUUUUGAAAGAAGAUAGAAACUUUUCAUUGGGUUUUCUCCAAACUUUACUACCAUUCUUAUCUCCGUAUCCCAUGAACGUAUGUGACUCAUCAGUGAACAUAACUUGUUUCCAAUGCAUCAAAUCCCAAUUCUGGUAUGGUUUUUCCCACUGCAGAUGUAGAUUUUUAUACAUCUCAGUCAGAUAUGUUUCUGCUUUGCUCUUCUUGAUAUGUAGCCAUGUUCAUUUAACUUUCUAAGGGUUGAUUUUUUAGAUACAUCUGUACCAGCUUCUUUCCAUUCAGCAUUCAUCUUUCUGAAUGACUUAAAUCUCAUCAAAAUCGUUAAAGGAGUUAGAUUUCUUUCUUCUUGUUCAUAAUUCUUCUUGUACAUAAUUACACAAGGGAGUCCACAUCAAUGCUAAUUGGAGACAGUUCUUUGUCUUUUAUAUUUAAAAUUUCAGACACUGCACUUUGUGUACAUUGUAUGUGUUUUGCAAUUAUCUGCUGCUUUUCACCAUGCUUGUAAUAUGAAAUUAUCAACUGUUUCUUUGCAUCACUCAAUUCUUGUGUUUUUGGCAGAGUUUUAGAAUGCAAACAUUGAAUCUGCAUACUGUAAUUGUGCUUAAUCUUGAAAUGUGAUAUGCAAUAAUAGUGUUAUUAAAUUAAUUUUAAUAUGGAACAUGCCCAUCAUAUUCUAAACUUUUGUCCCUGCUAUGCUAGCAUUUCAUAUUUUUGUUUCUACUUUUGAUUAGUAAAUGAAUCAUCAGUUUUAUGCAUUAUAAAAAAUGUAUUUCAUUUUAGCACAUGUUUAUGCAAAUAUGUCUUUUAAAUAUUUUUUUUAAAACUUGCCUUUGAAAUAUUGUGAUGCAGGAAUUUAUAGCAUUAUUCCAUACUUUUUACCAGGGGUUGUAAUAGGUGCUGGGGUUAAUGAAAAUCCUCUUAAUCACUAAUAACUAUCAUUUAACAGUGACUAUUUAUUUAUUAUAGACCAUGUACGAUGGCAAAUUUUCACUACAUCAUUAACUUAUUUAAUCUACAUUGAACUCUAU